AUGCCUCCCAAGAAGAAAAAGGCUAAGGCCGUGUCCGCCUCGCAGGCGCAGUCGCUUCCCGUCGCUGAGACCACGGCUCCAGCCCUAAUGGGACCUCCAUUCACAUUCACCGAAGAAGACCUCUCUCGGUCCUGGUGGAAACUCUACUACGCCCCUGGCCAUGUAACUUACCAGCGUCUCCUCGACUAUGUUGCGUCAGAUCCCUAUCUCAUGACACUUCCCGAGGAUUUUGGCGACAUGACAAAGGAGGAGCAGACAGCGAUCGCUGCCAAAAUGCCUAAAGGUCAGCUUCCAUUGGUUUACCAAGCCAUUCAGCGGAUCUGUCGCGAAUAUGAAGCGGAGAACUCGAAGACACCCUGGCUACCAAUGUUCGACGUUCUCUCUCGAACAGACGAGGCUCUGUCCGGCAUCAGAUCCCGCAUUGCGAGCAACACUGCUACACCAGCGGAUCAUGAGCAGUACAGACAGUAUCUUGAGCAUUGUAUGGCGAAGUACAAAGCUCUCGAAAAGAAGCAGCUCGACGUCGCCACUGAGGAGGACAAACAGCCCAAGAAACAUGCUAUGCGCACCGACACGGAAGGGUAUCAGGUCUUCGAUAGCAAGUAUCCGAACAACAACUGGUCUAUCAUCAUCACUGAUUUCGAUGAAUGGCUUUGUGCUCCGCGAGCUUGCGCGCACUCCUUCCUGCACGACAACCCCGAGGUCGGUGUCACAUACCAAGAGCUUGUCGAUAUGCUUUCUGAUAUGCUGGAGUCCGAGGAAAUCAAGUCGAAGAUCAUUCCCGUCGUGGACGAAACAGGAAAACCCCUGUCGAAGAAGAAAGUCGAGCAACUGGACGGGAAAGGCUACCAGUUCAGCCACAUGGCGCUGGCAUUCUCAACCUGGGCUUAUCAAAAUGGCUACGGUCAUUACCGACUUGGUGUCUACAUCGAAGAGCAGACUGUCCUCCUGGAAACGUACGUUAGUGGACAAGACGAGCCAACGGGCCGAACAUUGUUCAUCCACAACAACAACUCUCGAGCUCUCUCCGGAAAUACUGCUAACAUCAAAGCCGAUCACUACAGUGGGAUCCGCCUUGGUCCUCCUCCUACAGAGCCAGCACUUACAGUCAAGCCAGCAGCUGCGAAGAAGAAGCUCUCGACAAGCCUUCCCAUACCAAAGAACGCUCAGCUUGUGACGACACAGCGCAGCAACAACGGGUCUGACGUCUACUCUGGGCCAGACAUUGUCGGGCGACCAUACACAUGCAUCAAAGCAUACUUCAAAUCGCACGAGACAGAUAUCGAUCUUGAAGUUGGUGACAUUGGUAGAGUCAUUGCUGCCACGACGAAGUCCUCUGGCAAGAUCUACGCCAAAGUCUCUAUCAUCCGUACUCAGCAACGUGGCUGGGUUGACCGAUCUUGUAUCGAAGUUGGUACAGGAUCUUAUGGCAGUCUCUCAGUCCAGCUCGCUGGUCCCUGGAAACCCAAGUCUUCUCUCCCGAACCCUCAGAGCAUUCGCUAUGGGUCUCCGCGACUGCCCGGACAUCACAUUGAACGUCGGCGUGCUAGGAGCCUCCAAAACCCAGCCACUAUGGACGACUUUCUAUCAAAGAUCGAGAAAGGAAUAGCCACAGCGGGCUAUACGGCGGUACUCGACACGACUUUCACGUACCAGCAGCUGAGGGACGCAGGCUCUCCGGUUACUUCGAUUGCCAGCAGAACGCUCAAGGCUGCGGGAAAAUCUCAGCAAUCAGUGGCACCCAAGCUCCUUGGUUCCCACGCCAGACGCAAGGGCAUCUACUUACGCUUCUAUUCGGAGUUCUAUGACUUGCAACUUGAGAAGGAGUUGAAUAAGGCUGCAAAGCGUAAGGGCAACUCAUUCAAGCUCAAGGGUGGCUCUCUCGCCAGUCAUCACGGACCACCCAAGGACUACAUGUACGAUGGCAAGACCGAGAUUGGUUUCGUCACACGUGAGGCGAGACACGACAGCGAUGCCUCUGCCGGCUAUGGCUCCGACAGUAAUCACUACAGCAUUGCCGCCCUCUACGACCCGAUCAAGGGCCGUCUCACUGUACCAUUUGUUGUCUUUGAAGAGGAGGAUGAGUCCAAUGAGGUGCUGUACGCCCUCGCUGAGCAGCUGACAUUGAUGCUCUUCAACUUGUUCCUCCCCCUGAUGAAGCGAGAGAUCAAGCCAACAGUGACAGUUUCUGCUGAAGAUCUCGACCCGGAUGCUUCUGCGCUAGCUGAGGCUGCUGGGACGGCCAGUGCUGCAGCAAGUGCCGGCGAGUGGGCGGCCUCGAUAAGAACAGGACAGGUCAUAUACCAACUCACCAAGUCUGUCGCUAAGCAGGUAGGCUGGAUUGGCGCUUAUGACCGUCCAGGCUUCACACCGAAUGGUGGCAAUGGCCUGAACUGGCAAAUGCCAGCAUGCGUGACCAGCGCCAGUAGUGCAGUUGCAUGGACUAGGGUCAUGACCUCCGACCGAGCAAUCUUUUAUCGGAAUCGCCCACUGGCAGUCUUUGCAAAGGGGAAGACAAGUCACAGACUCGUGAUUCUUUUCGAUGGAGAGCGAGCGAACACAAGACGCAUGGAAGUCUAUGCUGGCGAUAUUCCGGCAGGGACGAAGGUGUUUCCCGUCAUUGAGGUCAUGAAGAACGGUGAUGUCCACGACUUCCAAUACGCGCGCUUACCAGAGCUUCCAUUGUACGUCGAUCAAAACGAAGCGAGCGCCGUUGCUCUUUAUUUUUUGUACAAGGAUCUAAACGGACAAUGGCACAAACGAUACCAGCAGGCCGCCGAAAAGUUCGGAAACUCGGCAUCCAUGCCGCUGGUGUCUUAUGUAUCAGCUUUGGCGUUGAGAUAUCAUGUUGAACGCGUCCCGAUCGUUCGACCCGACCACUGGACCGAUGACUUUGGCACACGAAUUGGGCUUGCAGAUUCUGUCAAAGACGUCUCGUAUGACCACAUGCGACAAACGUAUGUCAUGACAGAGCUGUCCAUCCAAGACUCCAAGACAGUUGGGAUUGUGACUGACUAUGAUACACGUCGAUCGUUCUUCGAGAAUGUGCCUUUCGACAAUGUGGGAAUACCUUGGCCGAACGAUGCAAAGAUGAAGGAGCUCUUCCCCAAAACCAACCCGAAACAAAAAAAGAUACGCCAAAAAUGUGAUCUCUGCGUCAUCUUCACGAUGAACUCUUUACUGCCAAAGACACCAGCCACAUGUAAGAGACACGAAGGCACUGAUCAGUGUGAGCUCUGUCACGAACUCGGCGUGCCUUGCAGCUGGACCAAGUGGGAGAAGAUCGGUCAGUUCCGGCGAGGAACCAAACAUAGACCCAACCAGAUGGUGAUGGACAAAUUGAAUGAUGAGGUCAAGCUUGCCAUAAAAGGCCCGGAUCGCAUCGAGGAAGUUGACUUUGAGAUCGACGAUCCUGGCUUCAUUACGGCGCAAAUAGACUGA